AUGCCGGCCAUGCUGGAUGAUCCGGCAGCCGCCACCAUCUACCGUGUCUCGGGAGACGCACCCUAUCCGGACCCUGCCCACCCGUCUCUGCCGCCCACCAUCCUCCCCCGCCGUGUAACGUUGCGGGACCGGCAGACGGUGGCCACGGUCGUCCCCUUUGCGUCCCGCCACCAGGUGCCCGAGUCCUUGUUGCGCUAUCUCAAUGACCAGUUCAACAAGGAGAUUGAGGGCGGGGACACGUAUCCCAUGAUGGACCCCAUGCCCUUUGACAAGUUCGCUUCUUACUGGUUCCAGAACUUUGCCGGCAUCAUGCUGCUUGGCAGCAUCGAGACGGCCGACGACGUUGAGGACGGCAAGGACUGGUCCAAGGAGUGUCUAGGCACCUUUUAUAUCAAACCCAACUACCCCGGCCGCAGCAGCCACGUGUGCAACGCCGGCUUCAUCGUCACCGACGCCUCCCGCAACCGCGGUGUGGGCCGGCUGAUGGGCGAGACCUACCUAGAGUGGGCACCCAAGCUGGGGUACACGUACUCGGUCUUCAACCUGGUCUACGAGACCAACGUGGCCUCGUGCAAGAUCUGGGACGCCCUAGGCUUCAAGCGCAUCGGGCGCGUCAAGGGCGCCGGCAAUCUCAAGAGUUACCCGGACCGGCUCGUCGAUGCCAUCAUCUACGGGCGAGACCUGGGCGAAGCGGCGGGUGGCGCCGGCAGCGAGGAACUUGUGAGUGAAGAGCGUUUCGACAAGAUCAAGUUCUACCUCAAGUACGGCCGCUAUCCGAACGGGGCUGACCGCGCCGAGAAAAGCAGGCUGCGUAGCGCCGCGACCCAUUACAAGUUGCUGGACGGCGACAUCCUGAUGCUCAAGGACAAGGAGGUCAUCUCAGACCCGCAGCGUCAGUAUGACAUUGCCAGGACUGUGCACAACCAGGCGCACGCGGGCAUCAACAAGACCACGGCAACAAUUGCCGAGCGCUAUCACUGGAGCCGCAUCAAGGAGACGGUCUCGGAUGUAAUUAGGAACUGCCUUGAAUGCAAAGAACUGGGCAAGGCCUCUUCGUCC